AUGGCCCACAACCCUGCCCUCGACGACAUCGACCUCAACUCUCUUAGGGAUCCUGCCGGUAUAUUUGAACUUAUAGAAGUAGUCGGAAAUGGUACCUAUGGGCAGGUCUACAAGGGUCGACAUGUCAAGACAGCUCAAUUGGCAGCUAUAAAAAUUAUGAAUAUUAACGAAGAUGAAGAAGAAGAAAUCAAGCUGGAGAUUAAUAUGUUAAAAAAGUAUUCCCAUCAUCGGAACAUCGCCACGUACUACGGUGCUUUCAUUAAGAAGCUACCUUCUUCCACCGGAAAACAUGAUCAGCUAUGGCUCGUUAUGGAGUUCUGUGGGAGUGGAUCAGUCACAGAUUUGGUGAAGAGUAGUAAAGGAUCUUCGAUAAAAGAAGAAUGGAUUGCUUAUAUUUGUAGGGAGAUAUUAAGGGGCUUGUACCAUUUACAUCAGAAUAAAGUUAUUCAUCGUGACAUUAAAGGACAGAACGUUCUGUUAACCGACAGUGCUGAAGUGAAGCUUGUAGAUUUCGGAGUAUCUGCUCAGCUCGACAAAACCGUUGGCAGGCGAAACACUUUUAUUGGUACUCCUUAUUGGAUGGCACCUGAAGUUAUAGCUUGUGAUGAUAAUGCCGAUGCUAAUUAUGACUCGAGAUCAGAUUUGUGGUCUUUAGGUAUCACAUGCCUCGAAAUGGCCGAGGGUCAUCCUCCUCUCUGUGAUAUGCAUCCCAUGAGAGCUUUGUUUCUCAUUCCUAGAAAUCCCCCUCCUCGCUUAAAGCGAAGUGGGAAAAAAUGGUCCAAAAAGUUUGAAAGCUUUAUAGAGACUGUUCUUGUUAAAGAUUAUCAUUUACGUCCAUUCACUGAUCAGUUAUUACGACAUCCCUUCAUACGCGAUCAGUUGCCGGAACGAAGUGUUCGCAUGGCUAUCAAGGAACACAUUGAUAGACAUCGAAGACUGAACAAGAAAGAUGAAACUGAGUAUGAAUAUUCUGGUAGUGAUGAUGAUGAGCCUAAUUCCAAACCACCCGGACCUCAUAGAAACGAAACAGAAACAUCUUCCAUGAUCCCAAUGGAUAACACCUUGAGGAAAGGUUUCCAGAGGCUACAAGAAAAUAACUUGGGUGCUUUUGAACAAGCUGGUGCGCAACAGGUUAAAAGAGUUUCCAAUCAUAAUGUUUCGCAACGUCCCCCCAAUGGAAGUCCCCACACUCCUGGAUACAGAUACGGCGCUGAUGGUCGAAAUCGUGAACAGGAGGUUAAACUUAGAGCUCAAGCAGCUGUUGGAAGACCAUCUGAUCAUAGACAAGAUAGGGAUAGGCGACAACGACCAUUGAGUCAUCAUCAGCAUUCCCCCCAACAGGCUCAUCCUGCCGCCCCCCAUCUCGCGGACCUGGCAAAUUAUCAUGAUCGAAAUAAACGGAGAAGUGAGAGAGAAAGAGACGAGAGGGAACGACGAGACAGGGACCGUAGCUCUGCUAGGGAUCGAAAUGGUCAUGGUGUUAUGCCUGUAGCUAGAGUUUCUGCUCAUGUGGGUGCCUCCCCUCUCCGUAAAAUGAGUGAACCUGUGCUACAUCAACAACAGCCUAGACCUGAGGAUCUUGAUGCUCUUGCCUGUGAACUCACCCGUAUGGGAGGGUUCUCUGCAGAAACUGGUAGUGUGUCUCCUCCUCCCCCAGCUCCCCCUCCACGCGAUGCUUCAAUUGGAAGCUCCAUGGACUUUGAAGAUGAACCUAGUAGUACUCUUCGGGGACCGAACAAGCCGCUACCUCCUACACCCUUAGAAUGCUCCCCACAUGACGUUGAUGACGGCACAUUACAGCAUGUUAAAAAAUCUGUUAAUCGCCCUAUGGUCAAAGCUGCUAGCUUGCCUGAUCAAGGAAUCAAUUCUGCUCCCGAAUUCGGGCUCGGUGAGGAUUCAUCUGAUAGUGACGAUGAGGAUGACGACAUCAAACCUCGUGUUUCUGUUAUUCAUAAUCCAUUGCAAGGAUCAGUUAUUGCCUCUUCCAAUAGACCUAGUCAACUAUCUAUGCCGGAGGUUCUUCCCCGAACACCCGAGUCAAGAAGAAUAAAAAUGGAAAUGGGACAUAAUGAAGAUGAUAACGAAGAGAUAACUUCUUUAUUUGGAAGCUUUUACCUUCCUCAAAAUGUUUCUGUAUCAUCUAACGGAGGAUCAAAGCCUGCUCUCAAUCAGCCGCUCUCGACACGUGAUAGAGAGAAAUCGUUCGUGGGAUAUUUCAGCCAAUCUACCGCUCCAGUUGGGGGAACUGUAAAUAGACCAGGAAGAGCUCAAGAUAAUAAUCAAGUACAGGUGAAUGUGAACCCUAGCUCACAAAGUGGCCCACAUAUCGAUAAUGAUGCUCCUGAAAUCCGUAAAUAUAAGAAGAAGUUCAGUGGUGAAAUACUAUGUGCCGCCCUAUGGGGAGUGAAUCUUCUCAUCGGCACAGAUAGUGGACUCAUGUUAUUAGAUCGAAGUGGACAAGGAAAAGUUUAUCAAUUAAUAAGUAGACGUCGUUUCGAACAAAUGACUGUGCUAGAAGGACAGAACAUUCUUGUAACCAUAUCUGGAAGGAAACGGCGAAUCCGAGUUUAUUAUUUAAGUUGGUUGAAGCAGAAAAUUCUCAGAACUGAGGGUACUGCCGGAGGAAUGCCUGCAGAGAAACGAAACGGAUGGGUGAAUGUGGGUGAUCUACAAGGAGCUGUACAUUUCAAAAUUAUUCGUUAUGAACGCAUAAAAUUCUUAGUUGUUGGCCUGGAGUCAAGUAUAGAGAUUUACGCGUGGGCUCCUAAGCCUUACCACAAAUUUAUGAGUUUCAAGUCUUUUGGUUCACUUACUCACCAGCCUUUAAUUGUUGAUUUGACUGUUGAAGAAAAUUCUCGCCUUAAAGUUUUAUUUGGUUCUCAUGAAGGUUUCCAUGCAAUUGAUUUGGAUUCUGCAGCUUUUUAUGACAUUUAUACUCCUCCAAAUACUCAAAAUAGUAUGACGCCUCAUUGCAUAGUUGUCUUACCUAACACCAAUGGCAUGCAACUUCUUUUGUGCUACAAUAAUGAAGGCGUGUACGUUAACUCAUACGGGAAAAUGUCUAAGAAUGUAGUCCUACAAUGGGGUGAGAUGCCAAGUAGCGUAGCUUAUAUCUCAACUGGUCAAAUAAUGGGUUGGGGAAAUAAAGCGAUCGAGAUUCGUUCCGUUGAUACAGGUCAUUUGGAUGGAGUGUUUAUGCAUAAGAAAGCUCAAAAGUUAAAGUUCCUGUGUGAACGAAACGAUAAGGUGUUUUUCUCUUCCGCUAAAGGUGGAGGAUCAUGUCAGAUCUACUUCAUGACUCUCAACAAACCCGGCCUUUCAAAUUGGUAA